AUGUAUCUAUCAGAUGCUUAUCAAGCAUUUGAUAAAUGGGAUGAAUCAUUAGCAAGUGAAAUUCUACAAAAAACAAAUAUUAGUAAACUUUUGAUUGAUGUUGAAGAUAAAUUAAUUAGAAAGAAAUAUCUUGUAGCGAAACUGACUCAUGUUGAAACGACUGAAGAUCUUAAACUGUCACUUGUUCGUGAUUAUCUUGAUCUUGGUCAAAAAGAACGUUUAUUACCUAUUUUACAUGAUAAAGUUAAAUAUGGAAUUUUUCUUGAUCAAUUUUCAGCUAAUCUUUUAUUAAAUGCAUUUUUACUUGAAAAAAAAUACAAAGGUAAAAAUAAAUUGAGUUUUGUUUUUGUUAUAUAGAAAAUCCUAAAAUAGAAGCUGCACAAGUUUGUAUAGAUCUGAUGUUACAAGAU